GAUCUCAGCGAUUCACAGUAAGUCGCGUCCGCGGGCAAGCUUGCUAGUGGUGCAUUUGGCUCGCUCGCUGCGCUUCAGGGGAACCGUGCGCGCGUAUAGAAUACAGAUCAUCCUGAUCUAUCCAUUAUAUACGAUGCAUCACGCAUAGGCGCCUUGGAGAGGUUGCACAAUAGGGGGCGAACCGGUCCCGCGCUUUGCAUCCCUUCGGCCGAUCUUGGCGCUUGCAAAAAAGUAAAGGUGCUGGGCGAGCUGGCUAUUCUGCAACAUAAGAGUCAACGCGUUUCGUUCACCCACCCCACAAAGUGCAUCUGCUUUGACCAGCGUUUUCUCACAGCAAACGCUAUCAAAAUUUAAUGGCGCGCAGCUGGGUUGCGUGUCAGGGCGCAAAGAGUCUGUUACACUUAGUUCCAGCCUUGAAGGCGGGCUGGGGCGCACGCCAGACCCCAAAAACACGCCAGGAGGCACACUUUGGAACAGCAUGUGUAGAUGAGUGGCGAACCUCGGUCAGCUAAACAUGGAACAAGAUCAGCUAAUGACCCAGCAAUGCCGACUUAGCUUGCUGUAGACCUCAACCAUAACGGGAAUGGCUCCCGGUAGCCAGCCGGCCACGGCUGGCCCGUCUAACUCACGGACAUUUAGGACUAGUCUCGCACCUAUGACCGCCGGCCAUCGCGCCAAUGUUGGGGUUCUGACUCUGAAUGCGAUGGUCAAAGGUGUGCUCGCGACCCAUUUCCAGAGCUACCCCAAAACGGCAUUUCGCUUCUUCUCGGGCGUUAUGCAAAGGCUGGCGCCUCUGCGCGCGAAGGCACAACUGGCGGAGCUCACUCCGGGCAUCAGGGCGAAGCCGGCAUCGAAGGUUCGCGAUGCCACGACUCGGCUCGAGUACGCGGUCCUGAUCCCUAAAUCGGCGAUUCCUGAUCUAGUCACGCUGCUGGACGAGGACAGCAGCUUCACGGUCCCGGCGGGUACCUCCUACGGCCGGGACAUCGGGCACCCGCACCCGGUGCAGCGCGCCGGCAGCUUGCGCCUGACAGCCGUCGGACUGUGCAAGGCUGGACUGUUCGCAGUGACGCUGCCGCACGGUGCCGCCUUCGAGCUGGGCCGGUACCAGGCUAACCUGGAAGCUGGUGGAGAAACGUACACCCUUGAUGUGCGCCGCAUGUCCCGUCGGCAGGGUGGCCAGCAGCCGGGCGGCCCAUGCGCCGCUGCCGGUGGUGCCGCGGCCCCUGGCGGCGCGGCGCCGGGCGCCACCGGCGCCGCCGCUGCCGGCGGCGCGGCGUGGGGCCGCGGGGAUGCCACCGGCGCCGCUGCUGCCAGCAGCGAGGCACAGGGCCGCGGUGGCACGACUGGCGGCUCUGCUGCCGCUGGCGCGGCGCAGGGUCACAGGGGCGCCGCCGGUGCUGCUGCUGCCGGUGACUCGGCGGCGCAGGGCCGCGGGGGCGCUGUCGGCGGCGCUGCAGCUGGCGGCUCGGCGGGGGACCGCGGGGGCACUCCUCGCGGCCAUGCCGCCGCCGGCGGCGCGGCGCAGGGCCGCAGGGGCGCCGCCGGUGCUCCUGCUGCCGGCCGCGCGACGCCAGCCCCCGUGGACGCUGCUGGCACCUCCGCUACCGGCGGCACGGCGCGGGGCCGCAUGGGUCCUGCGGGUGGCCACGCUGCCCGCGGCGCGCAGCAGGGCCGCAAGAGUGCUGCUGGCGCGUCCGCUGCCGAUGGAGCGGCGCAGGGCCGCGCAGGCGCCGCCGGCGCCCCCGCCGCCGGCAGCACGCCGCAGGGCCGCAAGCGCCCUCUGCGCCCCACCAUCGGCGUCCGGCUGCGACGCAGUGCGGGUGCUGCCGGUGCCUCCGGUACUGGCGGAGCGACGCGGCGCCGUGGCCAGCACCGACGCCCGGCCGCCGCGGCCCCGGCUGCGGCUACGGCCGCGCGUGCGGAUGGCCCCAGCGCCGUCCAGGGCAGCGGUGCUGCGCCGUCCGGCACCCCUCGUGGCGGCGGCGGCCGCGGCGCUAGCUCCCGCCGCCAGCACAGCGGCAGUCGCAGCCACAGCCGCACUCGCCGCGACCGCAGCAACAGCCGGGGCCGCAGCAUCACCAGCCGCGGCGCCAGCCGCAGCCGCGGCCGCAGCCGCAGCCGCAGCCCGGGCCGCAGCCACACGCACACCCGCAGCCACGCCCGCAGCCGCCGCAGCAGCAGCGCCUCGCGUGGCACGAAUGGCGGGGCUUCUGGCAAGUUGGGUGGUAGCCACAGGGACGCCUCUGCGGGUAACUCUGGGGAGCGCGUGGACCACCGCACCCGCAGCGGUCGCGUCUUCCGCCGACGGGCCGGCCGCGUCCCAGCCGGUGACGGCAGCACCCUGACCGGGGAUGGGCGUACCAGCAGCACUGCGCCGCGCCCGGGCGACGGUGCCGGCGACGGCGGGUGGAGCGUGGUGCCCAGCCGUCGCCGCCAGCGCAGUGCCUCGCCAGGGGCGGAGCCGGCCAAGCGUCAGGCUCUGCCAGAGCAAGCCCAGGUGCCUGAGGGACCGCCGCCGCGCCGCCGGGCGCCGCCGCCCACCCUGCUCCACAACCGGUACAGCGUCCUGGCGCCUGGUGGCGCUGCGGCCCAGCGCCGCUUCAUUGCCGACCACCUUGCGCCGGCGGCCACGCUGCCUGGCCUCAAGGUGUGGGCUGGUGACUACAACUUCGUAUGCAACGCCGCCAUUGACACCCUCCAUCGCGGCGGCCGCCUCCUGGACCCCGGCACGACCUCCCUCUUCGCCUCCACCUGCGCCUCCCCUGUGGACUCCUUCCGCCACCUGCACCCUACCCGCCGGUCCUUCACCUUCAUCAACCAUAUGGGUGCCUCUCGCAUUGACCGCAUCAUGCUCUCUCCGGAGCUGCUGUCGUCGCUGCGUGCGUGCGCCCAUGUGCCUGGCCGACCGUCCGAUCAUCGCCUGGUUGUGGCCACCCUUGCCCCAGUCGACGGUGCCGUCUCUCCUGGCCCUGGCUUGCGGCGGCUCAGUGAUGCCUACCUCGCGUUCCCCGACCUGCGCCGCUCGCUGCUCGACUGGAACCGCGGCGCCUGUGCCGCCGCCCCCGAGGCGCCGGUGCCGCUGCUGCGGUGGUUUGUGGCCUACAAGCGCGACCUGGUGCGCACGGUUGGCCGCCUUAACCGCAUCGCCCGUGGCCGCAUCCUUGAGGAGACAGCGGAGGAGGCGGCGGCCCGUGCUGCUGAGGCGGCCGCCCUAGCGGUGGUAGAGGCUGGAGGCCCCGAUGCUGCUCAGGCUGCUGCUGCGGCCGUCGCCGCGCGCUCCGCGGCUGCCGCAGCGGCGCAGCGCGCGGUCGCUCGGCACGCUCGUGCCGCCCGCCUCCAGUGGCUGCGCACCCGCGAGACGGCUUCGCCUGCGAUCACGCGGCUUGUGCGGCCCCCUGGCGGCGCCGCGCGCAUUGCGGCAAUCCGGCGCCCGGACGGCAGUGUGUGUGACUCCCUUCCCGAAAUCCCCACACAUAUUGUCGACUACUGGCGGCGCAUCAGUGCUGCGGUGGCUACGGACCCGGACGCCUGUGACCGCGUACUUGCGGCCCUUGCAGCAUUUGGGCGGCGCUGCACUGACGAGGACGCUGUGCGGCUUGGCGCCGACACAGUGAGUUCAGCUGAGGUGGAGGCUGCCCUGGCGGCGGCGCCGGCUGGCAGCACCCCGGGCCGCGACGGCAUCCCGGCUGAGUUGUACCGGGAACUGGGGGGCCCCACGGCACGCGUGCUUGCGCGUGUGUUCACGGCCUCCCUCGCUGCUGGUGCUCCUCCACGCGGCUUCCUCGAUGGCGUCAUUACAUGCUUCAGCAAGCCCGGGGACCCCCUGCAGCCUUCGUCGUAUCGGCCCAUUACGCUGCUCGGCACGGACUACCGCACGCUGGCCCGUGUCCUCGCCAGGCGGCUCAUCCCCGUCUUCAGCAACGUCAUCCACCCCGCCCAGACAGCCUUCCUGCCCGGGCGCCGCAUCGCCGACAACGUCCUACUGCUGCAGCUCCUGCCGGAGCUCAUGCGGGUGGCCGAAGGCGGUGGCCCUGGCGGCGGUGGCGGGGGCGGGGGCGCUGCGGGCAGCACCGCUGACGCUGACCGCGGCGUUGUGGCCUUCCUGGACUUCUACAAAGCCUACGACACCCUGGACCGCAACUUCCUGUACCGGUGCUUGGCAGUCAUGGGCGUUGGCAGUGGCUUCCUGGCCUGGGUCAAGCUGCUGCUUACGGGCACGCGCUCUGCCGCCCUGGCUAACGGCUACCUGUCGGCCUUCGUCCUCAUCAUUGCGGGCGUACGGCAGGGGUGCCCGCUGGCGCCUCCUUUGUACUUGGCGCCGGCCCAGGCCCUCUUCGCCUACCUCGACCGCGCGGGCUUUGGUGUCUCCUGGGCGGAUAUCCGCCUCGUCGCUACUGCCUAUGCGGACGACGCUGCGCCGUUCCUGCGUCGGAUGGCCAACGUGCCUGGUUUCCUGGCAGCUAUGGAGACCUUCCGCGCCGCCUCUGGGCAGCGCCUUAACCUCGACAAAGUGGAGCUUCUGCCCAUCGGUGCACGGCGCCGCGCCACUCCUGCUCCCGCCCGCGCUGUCGCUGCUGGCUUGGCGGCUGGCGGCGCAGCGGCUGGUAACAUGGCAGCUCACGGCGUGGCGGCGACCAGUGUGGCAGCUGCCGGCGGCAUGGCUGCCGGCGGCGCGGCGGCUGGUGUCGCGGUGGCUGGCGGCGGCCCCGGCGCCAGCCACUCUGGUGGGGGCAGCUUGGCGGCCGGUGGUGCGGUGCCUUCUCGGGCGGGCGCGGUUUGGGCAGCUGCCGGUGUUGUGGUCACUGGUGGCGUGACGGCCGGCGGCUCCGCCGCGGGUGCUGGCGGUGCCGUAGCCGCGCCUGCCCCGCCCAACACAGUUGCUAUGGCGCAUGGCUUGCGCGUAGUCUCGCACUCGCGCACGCUGGGUGUGGUCUUCUACGACCUCCCACUUGGCACGGCUGCAGCCCAGGGGGCUCCUUCCCUCUCCCCUGCCAUUGGCACCCUGGGGACGCUCUGCGGCCUCCCCCUAACUGCCUUUGGCCGUGGCUUCUGUGCCUCCUCCUACGCCGUCAGCCGUGUGCUCUACCAUAUGGAGUUUGCGGGUCUGCCGCCGCAGACGGUUUUGGCAGACUUCCUCAAAACGCUUGUGCGGUUUGUGGACCGCCGCAUCAUCGUUGCCACGCCGCAAGGUGCUGGCCGGGCCCGACUUCCCGGCCUCCCCUCCGACUGCGUCGCCCUGCCGCCACGCGAUGGCGGCUUUGGACUGCUGCCGGUGGUGGAACACGUGCGCGCCCGGCACGCUGUGUUGGCUGUGCGCUGGCUGCAGCACAUGCACGGCUCUGCGGCCGGCACCUACGUACCGCCGUGGACAGCCGCCGCCACCGCCCUGGUGCAGCAGCUACACACGGCCGCCCACCCCCUCUGCGUCCUGACGAUGCAGCGGGCGGCCGGCGGUGUCGGACCCGCUGCCGAUGGCUGUGCAAUCUUCGGCCAGCCGGUGGCGGCAACCUGCCCGGCCCUCGUGCGCCUCCUGGGUGCCCUCAGCUACCUGCCUCCGGUCACCAUCCUACGCCCGGCUGUGCUGGUGCCCGGGCCCUGGUGCUUUGCACUUCCGCUCUGGGGCAAUCCUGUCUUGCCGUGUGCGGCGGGGCUUCAGGCGGGUGGCUUGGAACGUGACUUCCCGGCUCUCAUGGCGCUACCGGGUCUGCUCACGCUCGGCACGGCAGUGCGGUGCUGGGAGGCGCUGGCCGCGGUGCGCCAGCUGGUGGCUUCCAAGCCGGCUGGUGCGCUGGGGCCGCGCCUCGCGCGUCGCUGCACUAUGCAGUACAAGCGGUCCGUCCUGCGCCCCAUCCUGCGCAUUGCGGAUAUGGCGCGCGUGCCGCCGGAGCUGCAGUCCGGCCCGGAUGCUGCUGCCCAAUUCUCCGCGCUGCUGGCCCGUAUGGCUGCUGCUUGCGCAGAGCCUGGGGUGGCGGCAUGGCGCGGCUGACGUGCCCUUGCUGACCCUUACGGUGAAGCAGGCAACCCAGCUUCAACUUGCGCCUGCGUACGACGCACUCCGCGUGCGUCACUUGGCCUUCAUCCAAGAGGCCUACAGCGGCGCCGCGCCGCCAGCGGAAGCGAUUCAUGCGCUGCGGGCGGCCCUGGCGCGGCUGUGGGCUUUGGUGUGGGAGCCGCGACACAAGGAACCGCUCUGGCGUCUGGCAGUCAAUGGGUUCACGGGCUUUGGGAUGCUUGCGGCGUGGGCCGCAGAUGGACGCGUGGAGAAAUGCCCGUGUGGGACUCAGAUGACUGCUGGGGCUAGGGUUCAUCACUUCUGGGACUGUGUGGUGGCGGAGGCUCUGCGUGAUGUGAUGCGGGAGCAUGCGAAUGUGGACAUCACACGGAACCAGUUGUGGUUAGUACAGGCGCCACCAGGGCUAUCGCAGGCGGUGUGGGACAUCGUGUGCUUGGCUGCUGUGGCGGCCCUGGAAUACGGCCGACAGCGCCUUUACGCUUGCCGUGAUGCUGCAGACCGGACUGCGGAGGUUGCUGUUGUGCGAAGGAUCGGUGUGGAGGUGAUUGCGGACUUCUGGUCACGGCUAGCUGCGUUUGUGAGUCUGCGUCGGCCUCCGCGCCGCUGGGACCUUGUCCCGAACCAGCACCCAUUCCUAGCGUCAGAUGAUGUUGGAGGGGUUAUCUUGGUAGGGCCAACAGCGGACUCGCCACCGGCCUCACCCUAGCUUGUCAGCUUAGGGACUCGCAAUAAGAGGUAGUCUUAUGACGCCGACCCACGGCUUAGGUGAGCAGCGCUAGCGUUUGCGGUGAGCCGGGCCUGGGGUUCCUCCCCUCUCCGGAGGCGAGGAGCAUGGGGGUCAUUCGGGGAUCUCUCCUCGGGUGAGCGUGCGUGUCUCGUACGUUUUUGGGGCCCUGGCUAGUCCACGGCUGUCGUCCCACAUGUAACCUCUAUCAGCU